UAUAAAUCUUUGGUACUCUGUACUGCACGCUCAUGCAUCACAAUUGUGACAUUUUUGAUGAUCGUUUCUGAUAGGGAAGGAAGUGUGUUGGCGGAUGGAGAAAAAGCAGGGGGAGGGGUUUAUAAGCGACCAUUAAAGGCGCGUCAAGCCCUGUAUGAUUGCAUCCUGUUUGUUUGCCAGCUGCGGACUGUUGUUCUGUGUGGAGAUACAUCUGUUGAAAGAACGCAAUGGCUGACCAGUUGACAGAAGAACAGAUUGCCGAAUUCAAAGAGGCUUUCUCACUCUUCGACAAAGAUGGCGACGGCACCAUCACAACAAAAGAGCUGGGCACUGUCAUGCGCUCGCUCGGACAGAACCCAACAGAGGCUGAGCUGCAAGACAUGAUCAAUGAAGUGGAUGCUGAUGGAAACGGGACGAUAGACUUCCCAGAGUUCCUGACCAUGAUGGCGAGGAAGAUGAAGGACACAGACAGCGAGGAGGAGAUCAGAGAAGCAUUCCGUGUCUUUGAUAAGGAUGGGAAUGGUUACAUCAGCGCAGCUGAAUUGCGUCACGUCAUGACAAACCUUGGAGAGAAGUUGACCGACGAAGAGGUUGAUGAGAUGAUCCGAGAAGCAGACAUUGACGGAGACGGACAGGUUAACUACGAAGAAUUUGUACAGAUGAUGACGGCGAAAUGAAGGCCUUGUACAGAUCCUCUCUCUUCUAUAAAUAAUUUGCCUUUUUUCUGUUUAAUUUAUCUGUAAAAUGUUAAGUCCCCUCCCCUUCCUCCUCCCGGCUGUCCAAAGGAACUGCAUGUAAACUGCAUAGGAUCUUCAGUCCUCAUGUCCCUUUCUUUUGCUGUCAUCGUGUUUUUUGGAGUGGCGGUGCGGUUACACGAUCAGGUGCUUGUUGCCGCGAAGUGGGGGUUGUGACGUGCAAAAAACGUACACGUCACGUCUGUCUGCCCCCCUCGUGCGUAGCAAGAGUGGAGACCUGCCAGCUGGUUGUCUUCUGGCAGCGACGUUGGCAUGGCAACAAUGUAGAGGAGUAACUCUGCAUGGACUAUGGACAAAGUAUAUAAAUAUAUAUAUAUAUAUAUAUAUAUAUAUAUAUAUAUAUAUAUAUAUAUAUAUAUAUAUAUAUAUAUAUAUAUAUAUAUAUGAAAUUUCUCAACAUUGCACUACUGCAAAAAAAAAAAGAAAGACACGGGUGUAUCUACAAGAUACUCGUACAUAAACUCUUUUUGUAUCUGCUGUUCUAUACUAAGAACUUGUUUGAUUCUUACAGUGCUUUUUAAUGUUUUAAUCACUUAUUCACAUUAGUUUUUUUUUCAUUCUUUACUUUUUUCUUUCUUUUUUUUUUAAGCCGCUUAAUGGCAUUGUCAUGCCUCAGAUAGUCCAUUCCAAGUUGUAUAUUUGUUUUCCAAUAAAAUUGACUAUUUACCCAUAUUGAAAA